AUGUUAUGUUUAUUCGAUUAGGUUAGAGAAAGAAAAAAUAUCUUAAUCUCCACUUUUUUUCAACAUUAACAUUAAUAAAGAAUUGUUGAAAAAUUUCAAUUAAUAGUUUUAUUAUACAUUAGGAAAAUCAAGGCUUUAUAUAAAGAGGAGGAAAAGAACAAUAAUAUAAAUUUUCAAUAACUUAUAGUCCAUUAGAGAGAAGAGAAUGGAGAAAUUUUUUAUUUUGAUUUAAAAUAGAGAGAAAUCGAUAGAGUAACAUAGAUGCGCAUUAAAUUAAGAAGAUGAUCAAUAGCAGACUUAAUGUAAUGAUAUUAGCUAAUCAAACAAAAUUCUUUGAUUGAUUAUGAAGAAAUGAUUCAAAACUCAGAAGGAUUUCAUUAACAUUUCAAAAGGGCAUUAAGAGAAAUGGAUGAAUAUAUCAUAUUCAGGAUAAUGAAGGUGUAUCUUGUUAAUAGUAAUAUUUAAAAAAUAAUAAAUUUGAAUAGGG